AUGACUAAAGAAAAUUCAAGCCAAAUCACAGAGAUGGUCCUUGUGGGAUUUUCCAAUCAUCCCCAUACUGAGAUCCCCCUCUUUUUCCUCUUCUCUCUGACAUACAUGGUGAACCUUUUUGGAAAUACUAUGAUUAUAAUUUUAGUGGUGAUAGAUUCCUGUCUCCGGACACCCAUGUAUUUUUUUCUUUGUCACUUGGCCUUUCUCAACAUUUUUUACACCACAGCUGUGGUCCCAAAAAUGCUUUUUAACCUUCUGGCUUCUAAGAAAGUAAUCUCUUAUGACUUUUGCCUUGCCCAGACUUACAUCGCCCUGCUAAUGGGAGCAGCUGAGUGCAUUAUUUUGGCAAUCAUGGCUCUGGACCGUUAUGUGGCCAUUUGUUAUCCUUUGAGAUACCUGAUCAUCAUGAAUUGGUCUGUGUGUAUGCAGCUUGCUGGAGGUGCCUGGACCAUCAGCUUCUUUGCUUCUGUAGUGCCCCUCUACUUUACUACAGCUCCCAUCUGUGGUCCUUAUAUCAUUGACCAUAUUUUUUGUGAAGUGCCUGUUUUGCUUCGUAUGGUUUGCGAGGAUACAUCUCUGCAGGAGCUAAUGAUGGUUAUAGGAGCAGCUGGUACCCUAUUGCUUCCUUUCCUUCUUAUUGUCCUCUCCUACCUACGCAUUCUGGUAGCUGUGAUGAGAAUGCACUCAGCUGAGGGUAGGAAAAAAGCUUUCUCUACAUGCAGUUCCCACCUAACGGUGGUGACCAUUUAUUAUGGGACGGGUAUGUUCAUGUAUAUGAGGCCCAAAUAUCUGUAUUCAGCUGAGGGUGAUAAAUUUAUUUCCUUGUUCUAUGCAGUCAUCAAUCCUGCUUUGAACCCUCUAAUCUAUAGCCUGAGAAACAAGGAAGUACAAGGAGCCAUGAGGAGAGCCAUAGAGAGAUGGAAAAUAUUCCAAAGGCAAAUGAUACUAUCUUAA